GUGGACUGAGUAUUAUGUACCAACGCCACAGCGGCCGAUUGUAGGUGGCCGACGUGCUCGACCUGUUAUUUACGUAGCUGCACAAUUGCCAGCAGCAAAUCCAUGUGCCGGAUUCGGUGGCGGUUUUGGAGGACUUGGAGGUCUGGGUGGAUUUGGUGGUAUGAGUGGAUUUGGUGGUAUGGGUGGACUUGGCGGUCUGGGUGGACUUGGUGGUUUGGGUGGAUUUGGUGGCGGCUUUCCGGGUGGAUUCGGAGGAAUGGGAGGAUAUCAGCAAUUACCCAUGAUGACCAUUGGCUACGGUGGAUUUGGA